UACGCCAAUUAGGGGAUUAAUUCAGUGCAAGGUUUAUUUGAAAGUUAAAAAGUAAAAGAAAAUCCAGAGUUUAAAAAAUUGUUAUUUAAAGAGUUAUUUCUCCCACCGAAGGAAUAAUCCCCUUGGCAAGCACAGCAUACAGCAUAGACCCCAACAUCAUGGUCAUGGCUGCAUUCAUCCCAAACAUAGUGGUGGCCUUGCCAAAGCCGAAAACCCACCAACCCCUAAGGAAGCCCAAACCCACUGUUUCAUGCAAGGCCACCCAACAAAAGUCCAUAUCAGAUGUGUGGCGCAAGAUACACGGCGAGGACGACUGGGCCGGCCUUCUCGACCCAAUGGACCCUCUAAUGCGGUCGGAGCUGAUCCGGUACGGCGAGAUGGCCCAGGCCUGCUACGACGCAUUCGACUUCGACCCAUACUCAAAGUACUGCGGCAGCUGCAGGUACUCCCCCUCCGAAUUCUUCGACUCCCUGGACAUGAGCCACGUGGGAUACACCCCCACGCGCUUCCUCUACGCGACGGCCAACAUCAACCUCCCAAACUUGUUCCGCAAGUCGCGCUGGCCCAGCAAGAUGUGGAGCAAGCACGCCAACUGGGCCGGCUACAUCGCUGUCUCCAACGACGCCAUGACAAAGCUAUUGGGCCGAAGAGACAUAACAAUCGCGUGGCGAGGCACCGUGACCCACGUGGAGUGGGUGGCGGAUCUCAUGAACUACCUGAAGCCCAUCUCGGGCGAGGGAGACGUGAAAGUGGAGGCGGGUUUCUUGGAGUUGUACACCGACAAGGAGACAACCUGCGGCUACUGCAAAUACUCAGCGAGGGAACAGGUUCUGGCCGAGGUGAAGCGUUUGUUGGACAAGUAUUCGCAGGAGGAGGUUAGUGUUACGAUAACGGGGCAUAGCCUUGGGAGUGCGAUGGGUAUAUUGAGCGCCUUUGAUAUUGCGGAAAGGGGGUUGAAGGCGGGGACGUCGACGGUGUUUUCGUUUUCGGGGCCCAGGGUGGGGAACUUGAGGUUUAAGGAGAGGUUGGAGGAGUUGGGGGUGAAGGUGCUGAGGGUGCAUAACAGUCAUGACAUGGUGCCGCGGUCGCCGGGGAUGUUUUUGAACGAGGGUUUGCCAAGGUGGGUGGUGAAUCUCGUGCAGGGGUUGCCCUGGUGUUAUCUGCAUGUUGGGGUGGGGUUAGAGUUGGAUCAUAAGAAAUCCCCGUUUUUGAAUCCUAAUGCUGAUGCUGCUUCCGCUCAUAACUUGGAGGCAAUCUUGCACUUGCUUGACGGAUACCAUGGGAAGCAUGGUGCAUUUAAGCGAACGAGUGAGAGAGACCUUGCUUUGGUGAACAAGGACUGUGACUUUUUGAAAGAUGAGCAUACGGUGCCACCACGUUGGAGGCAAGACUUGAACAAGGGUAUGGUCAAGACUCAAGAUGGACGCUGGGUUCUUGCAGACCGUCCAAAACCUCACGAUCCCACUCAAGAUCUUCAUCACUGAUCAGACUCGCUUUUUCUAAUUAUUCAAUACACUUCUAUUGAUACUGUAGCUUUCUACGACCAUCAACUUUAUCAUUAAAACCAAUUAAGAAGUUAAGAUGAACACAAAUGUUCUUGCGGACUUUUAAUUUAUGCUUUUUGAUCGCUCGUGUGUAUAAAUAUUUACUA